AUGAAUUGGAUGAGACCAAGCCAAUAUCUCGACACAAAUCAUUCAUUUGGGGCUGACGGAGUAUUUGAGACCGAGGGAAAUAACCAUGAAGAGGUUGCAAGGAGCAUUGAAAGGGAGACUGAGGCAGGAAAAGAGGCUGAGACAUGGGAGAUUGGGAGGGAGGCAAUGAGUGUUGUGAUGGAGACAGUGGUAGGGAAUAAUAAUGGAGAGCUUGUGAUAUUGGAGAUUGGGAGGGAGGCCGUUACAGGGUGCAUUGAGAGAGAGAUUGAGGCAGGGGGUGCUGUGAUGGAGACAGUGGUAGGGGGCAUUGAGUGGGAGGCCGAAACGAGGGAGAUUGAGAUGGAGAUAGUUGUAGGGAACAUUGAGAGGGAGACGAAUGUAGUAGACAUUGAUGUGAGGACUAAUGUGGGAACUGAGAUGUACACUAAGGUUUUUACUCGGAAGAAGAUAAAUUUGAAUAAAACUUAUCAACAAACUGAUGCCUUGAUGCGAGAUAAAAGACUUAGAAAAGCUUCAAAGUUAGUUUCAUCACCAUACACGACUAGAGCUAAGUGGAAAAGACAUGUGGAUAAUACGAAUGUUGAUAUUUUUUGGGAUGUUGACCUAGUUAAGAAGAAAUAUUUCUCCAAAUGGCACUCCGGUUUAGGCGAUGGCUAA